AUGCAACGAAUUCAACGCCUAUUACCUGUAGAUUCAUGGGGAGUCAUUGAACAUGUUUCUGUCACCAAUGCUGGUGGUCAGUAUCGCACUACCAACUACAAAUACAAGAUGGUAAUAGCAGAAGACGCUGUGAUAUCAAGAUCAGAGUUAGUUGAUGAUAGAAUGUUUCUAUCCCUUGCUAAUUACGAAGAAAUUGAAAAUGGAACCAAAAAACCUUCUUUUCUCAUAG